AAAACUUUAAACAGGUCCCUAUUGGCUGGAUGUAACUUUCAUGGAGGCAGAUUCUACCACUUGUGCUUGCUUGGGAGUUCUUGUACCUUUCUCUCAAGCGUUGGUCCUGGAUACAGGACUAGAUGGACCAUAGAUUCUGAUCCAAUUUCUGGGAAUUCCUAUGUUGCUCAAUAGAAAUGUCUUCAUUAUAAAAAUGUCUAAUUCUUUACAUGUUAGUGGAAGCAAACACUUCCAGGGAACAAAUGGGAGUUUCCAAGUUAAGCAAAAGAUGUGAACUUAAAGGGAGAAUAUGAAGAGAGGGACCUCCUAGGAGGGGAGAGGCUGGGGGAAUCUGUUUUAAGUGUAGAAACAGUAUAAAAAAAGACAUGAGGGGGGAGACAGACUCUCCUAUCUGGAGGAAAUCUGAUCCUAUAAAAUGAGGUACAUGUUACUAAUCUGGAGUUGCUGGGCAACAAGUAUAGUUGAUGGGCCAAACUUAGCCCUAGUAGCAACAGGUGCAAUUCCGUUGCCCCUGCAACGCCAGGGCUGAAAUGUCAGUUUCUCUCUUCUAGAAGCUGUGUUUGGUUAGCCCUUAUGCACUCUUGGAAGGGGUGCAGUACUGCAGCAAUUGAGUGGGCACAACACCACCGUGAGAGGCGUCUCUGAAUUCCCAUGAGGGCAUCCUGGUUCUCACUCUACCAUUUCUAGAAACUCAAGCAGGGGCUGAACACCUCACUUAGGCUCAGUCGUGCUUCUGAGCAAUCAGGUUUAUUGAGGGCUAGAGCCAGUGGACUUGGAAGAGAGUCCUCUAAUAUGAGACUGAGAGGGUGUGGAGAAGUGUGUGUGUUUGGGGGCGGGGCAGGAUGUAGCACCAGGAAAAUGUGGAAGAUCAUCAAGGGCAUCAAAAAUUGCCUUUCGGUCUGUGCUGUGCCAAGAUGGAGCUGAAUUAAUGAUGACAAUGUAUCUGUUUGAGUUCUGCUGAAUCAUCAUUAAUAGUCUCUUCAUGGAGAUAUGCAUGGAAAUCUCCGACCAAUGCUGUGGGUGGAACCUGAGCCUCGACACAAUAAAUCAAUGACUGGUGGAUUGAUUGCUGCAGUGUCCAUCCCCAGCAUAGUGGAGCCAAGUCCUAAGAGUUGAUGUCAGAAAAGAGCACUGAGGUUCUUCUCUCAUUUCGCAUGUGUACUGUAACACUGGCUGCUUUAAUCAUUGCACGAAUUAAAACCAUCUCCCACAAACAUGGCAGACGAGGACCUUAUAUUUUGUAUGGAAGGUAUUGAUAAUGCCAGGUCAACUAAAGCCAUCUCUCGAAACUAUCAUGAUACUGAUAGUGAGGAUGAGGACAGUUAUUACAUCUGUCCGAUAACAGAGGAUCCAGUAUCAAACAAGGCUGCAAACAACAAAGUCGCCAAUUAUUACAGCAACUUGGCAAAAGAGGAACAGUACAGAUCUAGCUCUUCUCCUCGGAGUUCAUUCAAUAUUAGGGAAGCCUGGAGACAUGCCAUUCAGAAAGCUAAACACAUGCCUGAUCCCUGGGCAGAAUUUCAUCUUGAGGACAUUGAAACAGAAUAUGCCACGCGUUAUAGGUACAAUGCAGUUACUGGGGAAUGGGUCGAAGAUGAAGUUCUCAUUAAAAUGGCUUCACAGCCCUUUGGCCGUGGAGCAAUGCGGGAGUGCUUCAGAACGAAAAAGCUGUCCAAUUUUUUACACACGCAGAAUUGGAAAGGUGCAUUUAACUAUGUUGCUAAGCGAUAUAUCGAGACUGUAGACAGGGAUGUCUACUUUGAGGAUGUACGACUUCAAAUGGAAGCAAAACUUUGGGGAGAGGAGUAUAAUCGGCACAAGCCACCAAAACAGGUUGAUAUAGUGCAGACCAGUAUUAUUGAAAUGAAGAACAGACCUGGAAAGCCCUUGUUUCAUUUGGAACAUUACAUCGAGGGGAAGUACAUCAAAUACAACUCAAACUCUGGAUUCGUACGAGAUGACAACAUUCGCCUUACCCCACAAGCCUUUAGCCACUUCACAUUUGAGCGCUCAGGACACCAGCUCAUAAUUGUUGAUAUCCAGGGAGUUGGAGAUCUUUAUACCGACCCUCAGAUCCACACGGAGAGUGGCACAGACUUUGGAGACGGCAACCUAGGCGUACGGGGUAUGGCUUUGUUCUUUCAUUCUCAUGCCUGUAACAAGAUUUGCAAAAGUAUGGGACUUACACCUUUUGAUCUUUCACCUAAAGAGAAGCAUGUCUUGGAUCACUGUAACAAACAGCUUGAAUCUGCUCAGACAAUUCUGCGUGGCACAGAGGAAAAAUGUGGCAGUAGCCGGGUGAGAACAAUGUCUGGUAGUCGGCCUCCUCUGCUUUUCCGCCUGUCUGAAAAUUCUGGAGAUGAAAGCAUGAGUGACGUGGCAUUUGACUCCUUACCCUCUUCUCCCUGCUCAGCAACACCACAUAAAAUGGACACACUUCAAUGGCCUGUGUUUAACGAAGUGGAUAACUUAGUUCACAAGGACCAUGAUCAGCUUGAUAACCAAAGGGACUCUGAAAAUGGUGGUGACAGUGGGUGCCCCAGUGAAAAGAGAAGUGACCUGGAAGAUAUGGAUCAUCGAGAUAGGGGCCAUUCAAACUGCAACCGAAGACGUGAAUCUGAUGAAGACAGUUUGGGAAGUUCUGCAAGGGUCAGUGUGGAGAAAUGGAAUCUCUACAACUCUUCCAGAGUCCACAUCCAUAGACCGUCCUGUGUUGCAGUGGAAGUUCAGAGACUCAAUGCACUGGAACUUGAAAAGAAAAUUGGGAAAUCCAUCCUUGGGAAGGUGCACCUAGCCAUGGUUCGCUACCACGAAGCUGGACGUUUCUGUGAGAAAGAUCAGGAGUGGGAUCAGGAAUCCGCUCUUUUUCACCUGGCACAUGCUGCUGAUUGUGGAGAACUAGAAGCCAUUGUUGGAUUAGGACUCAUGUACUCCCAGCUGCCACAUCACAUUCUUUCAGAGCUCACUUCAGAGGACACACAGGAAAACCGAAUCAAAGGAUUUGAUUAUUUACUGAGAGCAGCAGAAGCUGGAGACCGGCCUUCCAUGAUUCUGGUAGCAAGAGCAUAUGAUACAGGUGUAAAUCUUGGUUCAAACAGAAUCCAAGACUGGAACGAAGCUCUGCAUUGGUACAACGCUGCACUGAAUAUGACCGAUUAUGAUGAAGGAGGUGAAUAUGAUGGAACCCAGGAUGAGCCCCGGUAUCUGCUCCUGGCAAGGGAAGCAGAGAUGUUAAUGACAGGAGGGUUCCACCUGGCCAAGGAUCCACAAAAAUCAGGUGAGUUGUACACAGAAGCAGCAGAAGCAGCAAUACAAGCGAUGAAGGGCAGAUUGGCAAAUCAGUACUACCAGAAAGCUGAAGAAGCUUGGGCAAUGAUGGAGGAAUGAAACUUCAAAUGAGGCAGCUCUUGUAUAUAAAAUAUUUUUUAUAAACUGUUACUUUGCAAAAAAAAAAAAAAAACAAGAUGUAUUUUUAUGUGUUGUUAAUGAUUUGUGUUUUUCAUAUUUUAAUUUUCUAACUUUAUUCUGAGGCAGAAAAUAUACAAAUAUAUGUUGUAUUUUGGGGGUGCUAUAAUGUACUUUUACCUACACUUCAAAGCUGCAGUAUCUGUGCACUUGAUUUUUUUAAUAACUUUUAACUGUUAGUUGUGAGGGGCCUGAUUUAAUUUCAGAAAAAUGAAACUGAUGUCAGCUUGCGUGGCACACACUUUGUUGUACGCAGCAAAGCAUUCAGUGUGUUUAUAUCUUUCUACUACUAUUAGUCCUCUCACCACAAAUAUCACACAUUUCUAAGUUCAAAGCACUUCUUCACUAGUAUUUGUUUUUUUCAGGCAAUUCUUCAUUUUCCAUGUAAACAUAUGCAGAAAUUCUCUUUUUUAAUCCCCCUUGUGAAAUAAAUCAAGAACCAGAGUGAACAGAAUAGAAUUCUGCUAGUAAUACUCUUUACAAUGCAGUUCUCUGUAAAAAUAUUAUUGGGGACACCUAUGUUUUCUUCCUGAAGUGAUUCCAGAUGCCUGUCUUCUCAGUUUGCAAAUGUAAAAAAUGUGUUUCCUAAGGAUAGCCCUGAAAAACAAGCUGAGUCUUGAAAUACAAAAUGGUUUCUCUUUUGGUCAUUCAUCACCAAUAAUACACAUUCUGCAGUUAGAUCUCAGCUAAUAAUUUUCUUGAUAAGACAUUCUAGCUUCCUCUUCCACAUCUGUAUAGCCUCUGAAAAAAAGUAAAAACUUAUUUCAGACAGAAAAGUAGUUAUAACUCUGAACGCAUACAGGGAGGACUGGUCCAUUGAAUAUAGCAGUGCCAUUUUUAUGUAGCACAGUUUUAGGGUAAAAUCCUCUAUUGAAAUCUGUGGCAAAAUGCCAUUGACUAUUAUGGGGCCAAAAGUUCAUUGAAGGCAGCUAGUCUACUCUUGGAAAAGUUACAGGGGGAUAGCUGCUGUGAUAGUGCUAGAUUGUACAUACUACAUAUUCUGAUGGGGUGGAUUAAGUCAAUGAUAACACUCAGGUGUGAAUUUUUCACACCCAGGAAUGAUGUAGCUGGGUUGAGCUGAUUUCGUUUUGUAGACCAGUCUCAAUCGUAAAUAGAGAAAUUUUUUUUGCAACAUUUUGCAUUGUAUCUUAUCCUAAUACAAUAAAGUUCCUACUGGACUUACAAUAUCCUUCCAAUAAGGUACCCUAAAAUGUUUAUAGUCUACUGAUUUCUUGGUAACAUUUAGUUGUUUUUACAGUGAAAUAUCCAUUCUCAGUGCACUUAACAUUAAGAAAUACCCUUCCCAAUCAUUUCUACAUGGCAACAUGUAAACAGAUUAGAGAAACUGACAUGCAUGUACAUUUACUAUCCCUCUAUUCCAAAUAACUUGGUUAGGUUACAUAAAAAGCACUCAAACUAUAAUUGCAGUACAGUAGGUUUAAACUGUUCACUGAAUAAUCUCCUUAUCUCAGUAAAAUUUCUGUGUACUGUACUAAUUUUCUAAAUAAUAGCCCUAAAGGUACAAAGCUAAUCUUUGUUGUACUAGUGAUUCACAUUCUGUAAUUGCACACCUGAGUUUUGACCCCCUCUGAUGUUCACAGUAAGAUAUGCUACAGGAUCUCUGUUUUUCACAAGACAUUGAGGAUCUGGAUGUUUUGACCCCCUCUGAUGUUCACAGUAAGAUAUGCUACAGGAUCUCUGUUUUUCACAAGACAUUGAGGAUCUGGAUGUUUUGACCCCCUCUGAUGUUCACAGUAAGAUAUGCUACAGGAUCUCUGUUUUUCACAAGACAUUGAGGAUCUGGAUGUUUUGACCCCCUCUGAUGUUCACAGUAAGAUAUGCUACAGGAUCUCUGUUUUUCACAAGACAUUGAGGAUCUGGAUGUUUUGACCCCCUCUGAUGUUCACAGUAAGAUAUGCUACAGGAUCUCUGUUUUUCACAAGACAUUGAGGAUCUGGAUGUUUUGACCCCCUCUGAUGUUCACAGUAAGAUAUGCUACAGGAUCUCUGUUUUUCACAAGACAUUGAGGAUCUGGAUGUUUUGACCCCCUCUGAUGUUCACAGUAAGAUAUGCUACAGGAUCUCUGUUUUUCACAAGACAUUGAGGAUCUGGAUGUUUUGACCCCCUCUGAUGUUCACAGUAAGAUAUGCUACAGGAUCUCUGUUUUUCACAAGACAUUGAGGAUCUGGAUGUUUUGACCCCCUCUGAUGUUCACAGUAAGAUAUGCUACAGGAUCUCUGUUUUUCACAAGACAUUGAGGAUCUGGAUGUUUUGACCCCCUCUGAUGUUCACAGUAAGAUAUGCUACAGGAUCUCUGUUUUUCACAAGACAUUGAGGAUCUGGAUGUUUUGACCCCCUCUGAUGUUCACAGUAAGAUAUGCUACAGGAUCUCUGUUUUUCACAAGACAUUGAGGAUCUGGAUGUUUUGACCCCCUCUGAUGUUCACAGUAAGAUAUGCUACAGGAUCUCUGUUUUUCACAAGACAUUGAGGAUCUGGGUUUUUUAAAAAAAAGUGUCUUGUAAACUGUUACUUUGCAAAAAAAAAAAAAAAACAAGAUGUAUUUUUAUGUGUUGUUAAUGAUUUGUGUUUUUCAUAUUUUAAUUUUCUAACUUUAUUCUGAGGCAGAAAAUAUACAAAUAUAUGUUGUAUUUUGGGGGUGCUAUAAUGUACUUUUACCUACACUUCAAAGCUGCAGUAUCUGUGCACUUGAUUUUUUUAAUAACUUUUAACUGUUAGUUGUGAGGGGCCUGAUUUAAUUUCAGAAAAAUGAAACUGAUGUCAGCUUGCGUGGCACACACUUUGUUGUACGCAGCAAAGCAUUCAGUGUGUUUAUAUCUUUCUACUACUAUUAGUCCUCUCACCACAAAUAUCACACAUUUCUAAGUUCAAAGCACUUCUUCACUAGUAUUUGUUUUUUUCAGGCAAUUCUUCAUUUUCCAUGUAAACAUAUGCAGAAAUUCUCUUUUUUAAUCCCCCUUGUGAAAUAAAUCAAGAACCAGAGUGAACAGAAUAGAAUUCUGCUAGUAAUACUCUUUACAAUGCAGUUCUCUGUAAAAAUAUUAUUGGGGACACCUAUGUUUUCUUCCUGAAGUGAUUCCAGAUGCCUGUCUUCUCAGUUUGCAAAUGUAAAAAAUGUGUUUCCUAAGGAUAGCCCUGAAAAACAAGCUGAGUCUUGAAAUACAAAAUGGUUUCUCUUUUGGUCAUUCAUCACCAAUAAUACACAUUCUGCAGUUAGAUCUCAGCUAAUAAUUUUCUUGAUAAGACAUUCUAGCUUCCUCUUCCACAUCUGUAUAGCCUCUGAAAAAAAGUAAAAACUUAUUUCAGACAGAAAAGUAGUUAUAACUCUGAACGCAUACAGGGAGGACUGGUCCAUUGAAUAUAGCAGUGCCAUUUUUAUGUAGCACAGUUUUAGGGUAAAAUCCUCUAUUGAAAUCUGUGGCAAAAUGCCAUUGACUAUUAUGGGGCCAAAAGUUCAUUGAAGGCAGCUAGUCUACUCUUGGAAAAGUUACAGGGGGAUAGCUGCUGUGAUAGUGCUAGAUUGUACAUACUACAUAUUCUGAUGGGGUGGAUUAAGUCAAUGAUAACACUCAGGUGUGAAUUUUUCACACCCAGGAAUGAUGUAGCUGGGUUGAGCUGAUUUCGUUUUGUAGACCAGUCUCAAUCGUAAAUAGAGAAAUUUUUUUUGCAACAUUUUGCAUUGUAUCUUAUCCUAAUACAAUAAAGUUCCUACUGGACUUACAAUAUCCUUCCAAUAAGGUACCCUAAAAUGUUUAUAGUCUACUGAUUUCUUGGUAACAUUUAGUUGUUUUUACAGUGAAAUAUCCAUUCUCAGUGCACUUAACAUUAAGAAAUACCCUUCCCAAUCAUUUCUACAUGGCAACAUGUAAACAGAUUAGAGAAACUGACAUGCAUGUACAUUUACUAUCCCUCUAUUCCAAAUAACUUGGUUAGGUUACAUAAAAAGCACUCAAACUAUAAUUGCAGUACAGUAGGUUUAAACUGUUCACUGAAUAAUCUCCUUAUCUCAGUAAAAUUUCUGUGUACUGUACUAAUUUUCUAAAUAAUAGCCCUAAAGGUACAAAGCUAAUCUUUGUUGUACUAGUGAUUCACAUUCUGUAAUUGCACACCUGAGUUUUGACCCCCUCUGAUGUUCACAGUAAGAUAUGCUACAGGAUCUCUGUUUUUCACAAGACAUUGAGGAUCUGGGUUUUUUAAAAAAAAGUGUCUUGUAAUCCUGUUUUGUUAAAUAAAAACAUAUUUGUUGUGCUGAUUGCAGAAAAACCUCAUUAGCUACUAGAUAUCAUUGAAGACCGAAACUUAUCCUAAGCUCACAGUUUUAUUUCAAGAGUCCCUUGCCAUCUGUACAGCAACUGGAUCUAUUAUUGGUCUUAUUUAUUUAGUUGUUAUUUUGAGAUGUUAUCAUCAUGGCACAUAUAGCUCCAAGCUGGGUCCUUUUUUCCAUCUCCUGAGAGUAUUGAAGAGUUAGGAUGACAGUGUCAUUAUUAAGGCGAGACUGUUGAAUAUUUACUGUUGAUCCAGUACAGCAUUUAAGCACAUAUUUAACUUUAAGCAUAUGAUUGAUUGAAGCCCAUUAUUUCAUGGGACUUUUGUCAUGGUUACAGGAAAGCACAUGGUUAAAUGAUUUGAUGGAUUGGGUCAGUAAAAUGUUACAUCUUUCGCUUUUGUGUGUAGAGUGGGUCUUCCCUGCAGCCAUCUGGGAAGUAUACACUGAGAAUCAUCAGUUGUUAUUUAAAGUCCGAUAGCUGGGAUGUUCUUAAUGGAAAACUGUAGUUUAGGUAUCUAAUUGCAGAGAUUAUUAAGGGGCAAAUCCUACCCCUUUCUCUAUAGCAUACACAGAGCUCCAUUUGAAGUGGAACAGGUGCAGAUCUGCUGUGCAGAUGCACAGAAGGUGGUGAGAUCCAUAGAUUGGGGUGAGCAUACUCAUGACUAAGGAAAUGCUACUCAUUUCAUUCUCUCUCACUGGGAAACAGUUGCAGGAAAUACCAGCACUCAGAGACAGCUGCAUCAUGCAGUUAUGCAAAUAGUGGAACAUUGGCAAACAUUUAUGUAUAUCUACAGGAAAAAAAUUAAAAUGUGCUUAUAGCAUACAAGCCCCUUGCACACUCUAAGCACUAUGUACAUAAAUAAUAAAGAUAAAUAAUAUAUUUUUAUUGUAUAAGUACAAAAACAAUUGUGAUUUUCCUUUACAAAAAAGUUUAUAUAACUAACAUGUUUGACUUGCAUGGAGAGAGGAGGAGAUCUAAGUAUUUAAAUCCAAAAUAUAAACACAGGGCUCAAAGAUGGUAAUUAACAACACCUUUUGGCAUGCCAGUUAAUUCAUUGAAUUCUGUAAUUGUUAUAAUUACAGAAACUUCUUUGUAGAUUUGAGGCAUAUGAAGUUAUACAGCUCAACAGGCAAAAUAUUGUCAUUGUUAAUACUUUGUCUUCAAAUAUUUUACAUUUUGUUAGAAACUUAGAUUACUUCUUGGUGAAAACAUGGUAUCAUAUGGAUAGUUAGAUGUGCAACAGAUAUGACAGUCAAUUUUUUAAAUUAAACUUAUGUUUACAGAAAUAUGCACAAUUUAUUUUAUGAAAUUCCUUUAGAGAGAGAAAAGUGUAUGUUUUGACAAACUUUUUGGAAUGAUCUUGCUGCAUACUGUAUUUUUAAUCUAUUCUCAAUGAACAAAUAGAAUAUAUUUUUUAAAAAUGUGAAAAAAAUAAAUAUGGGGCCCAUACCUGCAGAACUGAAUUAGGCAAUAAAUCCCACUGACAUCAUGGAAAUUUUGCCUGAGCAAAAACAGCAGAAUUGGGGGCCCUUUUUUUGCAUGUAAGAAAUACGGGAAUUGUUCAUUUGCAUCACUUAUUCAUGUAAUUCAGUUUUAUUGGUUUUUGCUUUGCCAAAUAAAGUUUUCUUUUUGUCA